AUCCCCUUCCAGUUUAUGACGAUGACACACAUGUGAUCGAAAGUGCCAUGAGAUGCUGGCCACCGCGUUGCGCUCACUCAUUCUGCUGGAGUGCGAUGGCUCAGAGGGCUCUGAUCAUCCAGAGGAUGGGAGCCCAGAAAUUGUGGCAGAGUUCCCCUUGGACGGACAGGCCACGAGUUUGGGUUGGGAUGGUCUCAGCCAGCGCAUUGUGGUCGCGGUGAAUGGCGCGACCUCUGACCGGCUAUGCUUCUGCGAUGCAGGAGACGAAUCUUUAGAAGAUGUAUCUCUGCCAUCUGGCGCAAGGGCGUUAGACCUGAGCUUCUUCAGCGAAGCAGAGCGCCGCAAGAGCUGGGUGGCCGUCGCCUGCUCCGACGGAGCGGUGCGGCUGCUGGACGCCUCGCCGCAGCGGGCGGCCUCCGUGGUGAAGACGAGCUACGCGCACGGCGUGGCGGCCACGGCGGUGGCGAUCUCGCGGGAAGGUAAGUUCCUGGCAUCUGGAAGCUCCAGUGGCCAUGUGGUUUUGCAACCAUUCCACGGAAGUGGGCCAACCCCACUUCCUGGAAUGCUGGAGGCAGAUGAAGCAGGCAUCGAAGCUCUGUGCUAUUCCUCCUUGCGCCAGGAGUUGUUGGCGGCGGGUGAUCAGCAAGGCAAUCUCCAGGUUUGGGAUGCUGCGGCUUUGCGCCACAGCUGCCGCUUUCCUCUUGCCCAUCGAGGUGUUGUGCGAGGUCUAUCCUUCUCCACCCAGAACAGUGACCUCCUCAUCACAGGAGGAGAUGAUGCAGAGCUGAUCUUCUGGGAUGUGAAGAAUUCCAAGCAGAUUCAGCAGGUGUCCGUUGAGAGCGGCAUCAGUUCCCUCUCAUACCAUUCAGGUGGCUACCUGUUGGCCAGUGGCACCUGUGAUGGCUCUGUGCUCAUCUUUGACCUGCGUAUGCUGGUCACGAAGAAGACACCUGCAGAGCCACUCCAGCGCUUCUUAGCGCAUUGUGAUGAUGGAGGUAUGGUCCGCGCUUUGGCAUUUGCGACAGAGGAUGUGAAGUUGUCAAAGCAGGCCUUUUCUCCAGCAGCAGCAUCAGGUGGUAUGUCACCCACUGGCGAUCCUGUGAAGACAUUUCUCCAGGACAAAGUGCCCAGCUAUGCCACCAUUGAGUCAAUGAUGGAUAGGUUGUCCAAGAGAGUGUCCGCUUCCGCUUCAGGGGAUGUGUUGACACCUCCUGGAGAUCAGAGCGAUAUCAGGAGCUCUUUCAAUUGGCCAAGUGUCUCUGCUCAGGUGCCCCCGCUGCCCCAGAGCACCGACAGGGGCAAUAUCAGCUCCUCUCGGCACUUUCCUGAGACGCCACAAAGUGACGGCCGGCAGGUGGCAAGAUACACCAUUGGCAGCCCAGAUGAGCCUGGUGUGGCAGCUGCCAGUCCUUGGUGGAAGCAGGUCGCUGAAAUGACGGUACCUGGCCCAGAGGCCCAGGAGGCACAGGAGGCAAAGGCUCCACCUGGUAACGCUUCCGAGGUAAGCCGUCUCAAGUACGAAGCCCCAGCAGCUCCAGCUCCGGUGGCUCCAGCGGCUCCAGUUGCACCGGCUGCUUCCCUGGCAGAGGUCUUGGAGCCUUUGCUCAAGGAGUUGAGAGAGGACUUUCGCAAAGAGGUCCAGGAGGCUCAGUUGGCACUGAUGGAGCAGAACUUCCAGCUCCAUGCCGAGCUUCGGAAGGAUGUGAAUGCCCUUCGAGCGGAAGUGCAACAGCUGAAAGGUGAGCUAAGAGCCUUGUGACCGGAA